GUUCGUCCAGUCGAUUUUCAGUGAUCUCUCGGGAAAGGUUGAUAUUUGGCUGAAAUUAAAUUAAUUCCAUCAUAACCAAAUUGCUGUAACAUGAAAAUCGAUUGAAUCGCACAUAAAUUGUGUCGAUAGAAAAUUCAGAGUACAAUUGUUACGUUGACAAUGCCGUGUGUGAAUUCUUUUGCCGAGAUCCAGAGUGCAAUCAUUCUUAAGGAAGACUGAAAAUAGUUCCUGCCACAUCAGGAAAAAUAUUACCCAGAGCUGAAGAUUUCACCUUGGGAUCGUUCAAACUAGUUUACAUCUUUCUUAAGAAGGUUGCCUCAACCGCUGACGCCGUAAAGUAUGCGCCUGGAUGAGCUGGUAGCAUGGUACCAGAAAAAGAUCGGCACAUACGACAAGCAACAAUGGGAGAAAACGAUCGAGCAGAAGAUUUUAGCCGGCAUCAAUCAUCUCCCCCUUAAAAACACCAAACUCAAAACCGAACUGAUCGAUGUGGAUUUGGUGCGUGGAUCAACCUUUCCCAAGGCCAAGUCCAAACUUUCCAUCCUUACUGUGAUCUAUCUUGCCGCCUUACGGCUUAUCCUCCUGCCAAUCUAUGCCAAAUGGUGGGUCCAGCAGACCUCGCCGAGGGUAUUCGUUCUACUGCUUACCCUGUACCUGCUGCAGAUGAUCAACCUCGGAAUCUACAGCUACAAUGUGAACAAAACCGAUGCCGAUCAGGAAGAGCAUAUCGUUUCGAUAUCGGACUUCUUGAUCCCGAUGGCGCUGAGCCUGUUGUUGAGCGUAAUCCAUUCGCAAAUCGUUGCCACCGCCUCGAACAACAACAGUCUUUGUCUGAAGAUGAAGAAAUGUCACUCACAUUCCACGUUGAAAAAGCGCGAGCGAAUACGAAGGAAACGGCGAGCCCGAGCUUCCCAGCAGCAGCCGGGAUCGGGGGAGUCGACUACAGCCGCCACCAAUACCACCGCCAGUGGACCUGGCAACGACGAUCCAGAUCGACCGAUGAAGGCGAAGGUAUUUUAUGGAGGCACGUCCCGAUCUCCAACGGGUUCUCCGGCGAGGACCGCUAAAAAGCAGGGUGCCUGCAGCACCAGUAGCAGUACCAGCAGUGAAGCUUUGAGCAAUCAACUGGCCGGUAGGAAGGUGGACGGCACGCGGAUAGAUGAGAUCAGGAAAGAAAUGAAAAAGGAGGAGGUGGGCAAGGCUUCGCCGAAGAAAGUCCCGAAUGGAAUGGCAGUGGUUUCGGCCGAAAUUAAGGAUAACGAUGAAUGUAAAGAAAAUGGCGGACCGGAUAUGACGGUGGCGGACGAUAUUGAAGAUGAUUCGGUUUUUCUUGAUUCGAGCUUUCGUAACGUGUCAACCCCUACUCCGGAAGUUAUAAUCCAUCACCCGAUAGAAUGCAUCACAAACUGCAGUAAACCAUCAACACUAGACCAACCCCAGCCGGGUUGUUCCCUACGUAGACGCAACGUAAACUGGGACCCUCAGGUUUCCGCUGCUAAUGGAAAUGCACGGACCAACGGCAACUUAACUUUGAACCCACCGGAAGCACCCAUCGAUGACGACGGCUUCGAAAGCCUGAAUGGGAAAAGUUCCGGCGGAGAGGAUAGCUCAAACGCAGGCGGACCCGCCAAAGUAUACUACAACAAGAAACUACCGUACACCAACACGUGGAUCAACGGGAUCCCCCAGAUCGAGAAAGAAGCCCGAUCCGACAGUGACACCGAUACUCUUCGCAAUACUCCUACUAGUCAAGAGCAGUCCUGCACUUUACCACCGACGACAUCACAUCAGCUAGGGAAACCCAGAAGGCAUCUUUCAUCCGAGUCUGGUAUUGAACUUCAACGGCACGAUGACAGUAGCAAAUCCCCGCUUCUACUGCUGGACGAAGACGAAACUCAUCACGGUUCGGUGAAUGCCGCUGGCGAAUCAAAAGGCAGUGGGUUCGAUGAGAAGUUAGAGUCCAGUGGUGACACCGACGAGGAAAACGAUUUCGACCUGCAUCACACUGAGUCUAGUCACCAUCUUCAUCACCAUCACCAUCUUCACCAUCAUCACCUGCACCAUCAGCAUUUGUCAGAAGGUACGGAUUACAACUGUGGUAUACAUUUUGCCAACACCGAUAGUGAAGAUUGUAGUUACAGUUCAGAUCUCAACCAUUCUGACGAUCAAAACGAACGUUCAGAUGAUGACUACGACCUGGAGGACGCUCCGACGAUCAUUCUGAAUCCGUCUUGCGGUUCCAGCGAUAGAGUCAGCUGCACGAUCUGGGACGCUCGGGAAGCGAAGAAGGCGGAAAUGUCCGUCCUGGACAUUUCGUCCGCCAUCAUCGAACGUGUUGAAGCCAUGCCGGAAACGUGUGACUACGUCUACAUCGGCGUCGUACUUAGCAUCAUCCUUUCGUUGAUACCGGCAUUCUGCCGCCUGUGCGAAGCCACCGUCGAUUCGUCCAGCACAACCGAGAUUAACUUCCUGGACAUGCCGGUGCUGCUGCUGGAAAAGGCCUCAUUUUCAUGCAUCGCGAUUCUGCGGUUUGCCUUCGGGGAAUCGACUUGGGAGAAAACGGUUCUAUUUUUAGGUUUCACGCUCCGGAUAUGCCUAACCUAUUUGGUGUUUUUCCUGCUCGCCGUUGCCGAACGUACUUUUAAGCAGAGAUUCCUCUAUGCUAAGCUAUUCUCACAUUUAACUUCCUCACGGAGGGCGCAAAAGUCCAGCAUUCCGCACUUCCGACUGAACAAGGUGCGGAACAUCAAAACCUGGUUGUGCGUGCGAUCCUAUCUGAAACGACGUGGGCCGCAGAAUUCGGUCGACGUGAUCGUUUCGGCUGCAUUUCUCAUAACGCUGCUGCUGUUGGCGUUCCUGAGCGUCGAGUGGUUGAAGGAUUCGGUUCAUCUGCACUCGCAAUUCAAUCUGGAGGCGCUGGUUUGGUCAUGCGCAUUCGGGACCUUCCUGUUGCGGUUCAUGACGCUCGGUACGAAAAUCAACAAAAAGUACAAAAGCGUAUCGGUGCUGAUCACCGAACAGAUUAAUCUCUACGUACAAAUUGAACAAAAGCCAAACAAGAAGGAGGAGUUGAUGAUCUCCAACAAUGUUCUCAAGCUGGCUGCAGACCUACUCAAGGAACUGGAAUCUCCCUUCAAAAUAUCCGGCCUGAGCGCCAAUCCGUACCUCUACACCACGGUCAAGGUGGUCAUUCUGUCCGCGCUGUCCGGUGUUCUCAGUGAAAUGCUUGGCUUCAAGCUCAAGCUCCACAAAAUUAAAAUUAAAUAAAUCCGUUUCUCGCAACGAUAGGAGCCGGGUCGCUGGUAUCUCUACAUCACAGAAUACCUCCACUUCGCGUUUUUUAACCUGGCACCUGUCUUGCCAUCCAGAAGACAUACUGCAACAGAUCUGAAAAGUGAACACGAUGCUUGCUUCUCUGCAGCAAACAUGUAGAUUCAUUUUGAACUUUGUACUCUAAGUAGAUCACCAGAUGUGGGCCCGUGAAAUGCGAAGUGGUAAGGCCCCUGCUUGACGUACAGAUGGUGGAAAGGUUGUUUGAAGCAGAAAGACAAGGGCUGAUGAUAUCAUCAACCACAUGGCCGUUACUCAGGCCCCUGAUAGGGGCCGAUGAGGCCUUUCAAAACAUUGGCAGCCGCCACACUCUCACGACACGUACUCUUGAAUAAUAAAACAAACAAAAAACUAGACUAGAUAGAUGAUGGAUAACGUUUUUAGACUUGUACUUCUUCCUACCGGUGUGUAGACUUUAUUAGUAGGUUGAUAGUGUAGUAGGUUAGUCCAAUUGUAGAUUUACCGUGUAGAGCUAGAAGCAGGUAAACGGAACCGGAUGUAGGCGUAUUCUCAAGUUGAGUCCGUAGGUCUUAGAGACAAUUUUCUCCCAUCUACAAGGUACCUAGGUGCGCGUACAGUUUAAUGUUCCGAAACGAGGAGCUACUUUCCCUGUGCGGGAGUUUUCAGAAGCAGUAACUGUCGAUAGAUUUUAGGUAACUGAUAAAGUGGUAUUUUUCGAUGGACUAUUUCUAUUUUAGGACGUAACGCGGCAUACGAAGAUUGUGAAACUGUAAUGGAGAAAGUUUAUGUGAGAUAAAAAAAAAGGUAUUAACUGUUCAAA